CCAGCUAAACGGUGGCUAUAAAAGUGGCAGAAAUCGUUUAUGGCAGUGUCAGUUAUUAAUCCGUGCAGUUUAUUGGCGUUCGGUGUUAACAACAAAAAAUCAAAAUGAAAUUCACGGUGUUUGCAGUUAUUGCUGCUUUUUGCCUGGUGGCGGUAUCGGCCAAUGCCACUGGUGAUAUUUUCCUUAACAAUGAACUAAUGGAAGACUUGGAACUCACUGCCCAAGAUUUGGCCGAUGAAAUUGCAGAGAUUGAACCCUAUGGUGCCUUCACCGGCAUGUAUUCCGUCAUCAAGAAGGCUCUGCGUUAUGUAAAGGGUUUGAACUGUACCAUUAAGGAGGUCUUGGCAAUUCAGACGGCUGCCCAAAAUUUCGUCGACAAUGUCAAGGCUUGUGGCGGCGAAGUUUCUAAGAAAGUGCAAAAACUGAUUGAUGCCUGCAAUGACAUUUUGAAGACAUGCAAGGAAAUUUUGGGUAUUAACGAAAGUGUUUGCGGCAAUAGCAAUGAUGUUGAGGAGGAGCAGCCUGAAACGCAGGGUGUCAUCUCCAAGGCCAAGACCGCCCACAAGUGUUUCGUCAAGAUGGUGCGCAAGGUCAACAAGUUGAAGAAACAAAUCAAGAGAGCCAUCAAAAUGAUCAAGGACAUCAAGAAGGUGCCCGGUGACACCAGCGACUGUGUCAUGGCUGCUGUCAAUACAUUGGAAACUACCUUCACUCAGUUCCCAGCCAAUAUCAAGACUUGUUCGAAAUUGACAAGUUAAGUAAGUUUGGUGGACUUGACGAGGGAGUGAAUUAAUAAAAUUUGAAUAUCAAAAAUGGUGAUGUUGUAACAUAUAAA